AUGGCCAGCAGAGACACGGAGAACAACGCCGCCGGCAAGCAGCAGCAGCAGCACCUGUCGACGAGCAAACGGUACCGGGGGGUGCGGAUGAGGAAGUGGGGCUCGUGGGUGGCGGAGGUGAGGUUCCCCAACAGCCGGCAGAGGCUGUGGCUGGGCUCGUACCGAACCCCGGAGCAGGCGGCGAGGGCCUUCGAUGCCGCUGUCUACUGCUUGCGUGGGACCGGGGCGAGAUGCAACUUCCCCGGCCAGUUUCCCGACAUAACGCCCACCCAUAAGCUGAGCCCGGAGGAGAUACGGGCGGCGGCCAUGCGCUUCGCACGUGAUGUACCGACGCGGCCUGGGGAGGCGCAGGAAGGUGGCAUGGAGACGUCGACGGAGACGGCAGUUCCGAACAAGGGGAACUCGGCGACCGUGACGGGGUUGCUGUCUGCAGAUAAGCCAAUCCCGGCGGAGAAACGGAUCGGGGCCGUGCAGUUAGCCAAUGAGGGUGAGAAGACGGCGGAGGAGGUGGAUCAAGGGGAGGGGAGCUCGGGGACGAUGGUGAAGCCACCGGAGGCUUCCAAGGAAUUGCCAUGGUCGUGGAAUGCGGAGGACGAGGAUACUUGGCCUUCCUUUUCUUAUUAUGAUGACAUUUAUGAAUCAUCACCUCUUUGGAACUUCCGGAGCGCCGAUUAA